AUGGUCCAUCGGGACUUUGCUCUUGACCAUCAUCUUAAUUUAGAUAAAAAGAUAGAUAAGCGAUCACCUACUCCUUCGCGAAAGCAUCCGGUUCGCGGCCCCCCAUCAGAAGUUGAACAAAAGUUCCCUAUUUCUCGUUCAAUCAACAAGCCUGUGCAACAUCCAGAGGCACAUCUUCUUCUAUAUACCGCCCUCCCUGAGUAUCAUCAUUCAGAUCAUCGUCCUGUUAUUGCCAAGUUCAAUUUCGCCAUUCCAGACCGCUGGUUUUGCUUGCCUGUUCACUUUCUUGAACCGAGUUCAUACAGUAAGUUCCUUAACUUUUGGCACAUAUCCCUGAUUAUUUGA